CCCUUUCCAGAUUUCCACGAAGACGGUAGGUAACACAAGAGUUGUUAGUAAACAGAGGCAAGUAAAAGACAGGUAAGAUUUGAAGCUAUACUUUAUUUGGUUCAUUUUUACUGCCAAUAUAGCUUUUAGUUAGAGAGAUGCGGAUCAGUCUCUGUGGGUAUGCUUCGCCUAUUGUCACGCAAAUCAUUGUAACACGAGCGGCGCGUCUGUUUGUCCAUGUUCCGAGUGAAGAGUUUCAGAUUCGUUCUUUUCAUCAUCUCGUGAGUCAUUUUGCAGAUUUAAGGCUGCAGAAGUGUAGAUGAGAUAGAACAGAAAGAGCAGAUGUAAAGGGGUAGUUAAGUUCUGUAAUGCUUCAAACUUAACGAGCUGUUCAUUUCAAGCAUAUAAAUUUUUGCAUAAUUCAGCUUCUAUGAAAUUAGUCAAAUUGGUAAGGAUACUGUAAUUUCGAAACUGAAGCAGCUGUACAUGUUCUUAUUAAUACUUUUGAUAGCUCAGAUACUAAUCUUUUCAAGUACAUGAUUCAAGGGUUUAGGUUGUUUUAAUUUAAAAUUCUACAAUUGUCCGCCUUUGCAUAUUCACUGUUACAUAACCCGGCCCCUGAUAAUUGCCUUUGAAUUUUAUUCAUAAUUUGUAAAUUUUUGAAAUUGCAGAUGAUUUCUUUUCUUUGCUGAUCCAAGUGUUAAUGGAAUGGAUGCUUUUUGUUUCCCGUCUUCUUGUGAUCAGUCGGCAUGUAAUAAUAACAUAAUCAUUCUCAAUCAAGGAAGUGGUGAACAAACCUUCAACAAUCUUCCUUUUUAUGUUAAUGAUGCAGAACAACCCAUUGGUUUUGUCACCGUUCCAAGCAAUGGUGCUCUGCAAAGCAACAUACAAUUUUCCUUGCAAAAUCUUAGUCCUGAAAACAACAUUCUGCCAAGCAGUGAACAAGAAAAGAGCUUUGAAUCCACGCAAAGAAGUUAUGAAAGUGAAGAUGUUAAACCUCCUGUGGGACUUGUACCCGCAAGUUCUGGUGACACUUUCGCAGUUGUCUCAGAAGACAGUAACAUUAAUGUUUUAAGUGGAAGUGGGACGUGCAGUGGAAGGAAUAGUGGAGAACAACUUGGGAGUUCUGGAGUACCAGUGACACAGGCUGUCCAAUCCAGAAGAUCUCCUGAGUUGCCUUGUGAUAAAGAUGGCUACAAAAAUGUCGGUCUUGUAUCGUCCAGCUUCAUUAGAGCCUCCCAAGCUGAAGGAACCUGUGAGCUUACUUGUGAUGAAAAUUGCUACAGCAAUGUUGUACAUGUACCAUCUAGCUCUUUGAACUUUAACAUGGCAAAUGGCAUUCUGCGAAGCAAUGGGCGUGAAGAAGAUUGUGAAUUUACUCCAAGGGACAGUGAAAUUGAAGAUGUGAAACCCCUGGUUUGUCUUGCACUGGAACAUUCAAAUCUUGAACCCAAUUGUGGCAAUCCACCCCACGGGAAUGAAAAAGGCAUUCAAACUGAAUUGACAGAUAUGCAGAAUGAAGGCUUUUAUGCCUCAGAAUCUGUUUCUGAGUCCAGCAAUGCACCAAGUUCUAGCAGUGAAAAUAGCUCCAAUGUUACAAUGAGUUGUAAUAACAUUGAAGUGAUGGAAAUAUCAGUAUACUUUGACCCUGAGUGUUCAAGGUCUACUGAGGUAUUCUCAAGUCAAAGCAGAACAUCCAAUGUAAGGAACCCUUUAAGAGCUCUUGAGAUUCACGAAGCUACAGUGCCAGCACAGGAAUCCCAAUCUGGAGAAUCUCAUGAUCUUUUAUGUUAUGGCUUGAGCAGUGCUAAUCAGCUAUCUUCUAACCCUUUGGAGCCUGGAAUGCUAAUCAACAACAAUAUUUCCCCAAUGGGGGAUCCAAGAGUUAAUGGUUUUCAGAACCAGCCUGUUACUGACAACGUUACCAACCUUGUGUUGAAUUCACCAGCUCCAGAUUUCUAUGCCAGUUCCUCCUCCCAGCCUGCCAAUAGAAGUAGAAACAUCUGUCCUUAUUGCCAGAAAUGGUUUCGAUCAGACAAUUUGAAUCACCAUAUCCUUGUUGUACACUCAACAUUUAAACCCUUCAAAUGCCAGAUAUGUCCAAAGGAAUUUGCUGCAGAGUUUGACUUGAAUAAACAUGUUGAAAGACACACAAAGCUCACAUGUCCAUAUUGUACAGAGGUGUUUCUCAGAGGCAGAUCUUUACUGAAGCAUGCUGUUUUACAGCACAAGGAUAAAGAUCUUUCCAGCUUACCCCUCUGGUCAUUCAAGAGAAAUGCUUUGCCAUGUAUGUAUCGAGAAAAACCUAGUAUGUUUGGUAUUUUAUUGCCAUUCUUGUUUAUCAAAUUUUGUUUUCCUUUUUUUCUGGGUAUGGUAUUUCUGUGAGUUUGAAAUAGAGAAAAAUAAAAAUUAACAAAAUUAGCUGACCAUCAUUGUCUUUGCUGUGGUUAAUUUUUUAUCUCAGGUAAUUACUAUUUUCCCUUUGUUUCAACUUCAUUAGCAUGCAUUACCAUACCCAAAAACAAAAGAAAAGCAAAAAUUGCCUGAGAUAAAUGAACUACAGUGGAACCCUGACAAGAAGAGCCAAUGCAUUGGCAUCUGAUUAGGGUUACAAGAACCAGAAUUUGAGUUAUCGAGGUAACUUUCAGUGAAAUUUGGAUCAAGGGAAAGGAAAUUUAGUGCGAGUUAGUGGGGAAUUUGAAUUUUUCGAGUUUGAGCUAACAAAGUAAAAAUGACUGAAAGGUGUGAAGAAAUCCAAGGGAAAUUGGACUUAGUUCGAGUUAGUGGGAAGUUCAACUUAUCAAAGUUUGAGUCAUUGAGGUUCCACUGUACAAAAUGUUAGUACAGUGGAACCUCGAUUUAAUGAAGUGCCAAGGGACAGGGGAAAUUUGUUCAUUUUAUCGAGGGUUCAUUAUAUAGAACACCCCCAUUUAAAGAAUUUUCAGGACAACUAUCAAAAUGUUUGUUAUAUGGAGGUAAAGUUAAUAAUUAAUUUACAAAACCCAGCAUUUCCGGAUCUGAAAAAUUACUGUUGUAACAUUUCAGUACCGAGCCAAUACAUAGCUACAGCACUAGAAACUCAAGAACAAGCAAACAAAACUGCUUACAGUCAAACCAAGUCAAGCGUACCCCCCAAGAUUCUAUCAGUGAAUUGAUUAUUUGAAAAAUGAACCCGUUAGUCGUUCCCGUAACUGGUGUCAAAUUCAAAGCGGCAUUUCUGCAUGAGUAAUGAGCAGUGAAUAUUUUACGAGAACUUCUCUGUAUUUGGUCAGAUUGGAAAUCUUUGAAUGGAUUAAGCUUCUUAGAAGACAUUUACAUCAAUUUCAGGAAAAUGGAGCUGGUAGAAAUUUCAUAACUGCCUCGCAUGUGAAUUCACGGCUCAUUACACAUACAAGAAUGCAGAGAUCAAUCUGAAAUCUACAACUAGCAACGGAUUCAACUUUUGAAUAAUAAAUUCAUUAAUGGAUUCUUGGGGGGUACGCUUGACCUGGUUUGACUGUAAAACUACCGUACACAUGAAUUUUAUCCUUGUUGGUCUGAUUGGCAUUAAUCUUUUAUCACAUGCUGGCAUUUAUUUGUUAUAUUGAGGUAAAUUUUAUGUUUGUGCUUGUGGAUUGUGUUCGUUAUAAUGAGGAUUUCAUUAAAUUGAGGUUCUGUUCCAUACGUUUUACUGUAAUUUUGGCUGGGCUGCAGAAAAUCAUUUGUUACACUGAGGAUUUCGUUAUUUAGAAGUUUGUUAAAUCAUGGUUCAUUUUAAUUAUUUCUGUGUAUCUACAGGUUCAAGCCCAGGUCAUUUUAGCUGCAGCUCCUGUUUGGUUGAAUAUGACUCACUAAGGGCCUGUCUAGAUCAUUGUGUUCGCAGCCACUUCUUCAAAGAAUGCUGGGUUUGUCAGAGGUUAUUUGAAAAAGAAACACAACUCAAGAGACAUAUAAAAACUCACACAGGUGAAAGAACAUUUCCCUGUGACCACUGUGACAGGUCUUUUUUUACUGACGCAGAGAGAAGGAUGCAUUUGAAACGUCUAACUUUGGAGAAAUCUGUCAAGUGUAGUGUUUGUGACAAAGGUUUUAAAACACAAGCACAGAGAGAUAGACACGUUUUAACCCACAGCAAUGACAAACCAUACCAGUGCACAAGUUGCACAAAGACCUUUAAAAGCCAGAAGGCAUAUGGUGUUCAUGUUCGAUUACACACUGGAGAAAUGCCGUUUGAAUGUCAAUAUUGUGAGCAAGGCUUCAGAAGUUGGCGUCGUCGGCAAAGUCACCAAAUGAAGGAUCAUCCUGAUCUGGUUCCCAGGAAAGAGUACAAUUGCAGCUACUGCUUGAAGUCAUACUCGAACUCUUCCUCAUUCGCAUCACAUGUAAAGAGGCACACUGGCCAAGUUCUUCGAUGUACGUCAUGUACUUUUGUCACUGUUUCAAAAGAGAACCUUGAUAUCCACAUGAACAGCCACACGGGAGCAAAGCCUUACAAGUGUCGUUAUUGCCCCAUAGCUUAUGGGCAACCUAAUCGCCUUACCAUUCAUGAACGGUCUCACACUGGUGAAAAGCCGUACGCAUGUGAUCAGUGUGAUAAGGCGUUUGUAGAUAAGUACAGCCUAGUCAGACAUGUUCGUAUACACACUGGAGAAAAGCCUUACAAGUGUAGCUACUGUGACAAAGCAUUUGCUCAAGGAUGUCAGCUGCAGUUUCAUGAAAGAACUCACACUGGAGAAAAACCGUAUGAAUGCUCCCAAUGUGAGAAAAAGUUUACUCGUCGACAGGAACUCAAUAAACACAUUGAAACUCAUAAAAAAAGGCAACAAGAUGAUCAAAGCGAGAAGAAGGCCGCUGAAAAACAUUAUGAAUGCACCUCCUGUAAAAAGAAAUUGUCUUGUCAAGAAGAGUUAAGCAAACACCUGGAAACCCAUCAAAAAAGACAACAGUUGGUGAAAAGGAAAAGGAAACAAAAGAUAGCAGAGAGUGAUUCUGGUUCAGAGUUCAGUGAUAUGGAAGUACAAGAUUUGGGGCAGAAUAAGGAAGAGAGACUUGCAAGUUUAAGAAGUGCCAAGGUAAAAACCAGACGUAAAUGAUGGUAAGUUUAUAGGCCUACAAGAUAAUAUUCAAUGAAACAUACUAUGCCAGCUAAUGGCUAUCAUUACAUUCCUAGGCUGUUUCCAGUCCCCCUCUUCCCCAUAAAGUCAUCGAGAUUGAGUGCUUAUUGUUACAGGUGGCAGGAACUCAAAAACCCUGAACGAGCAACUCCCAUGAUGGGCUUAUAUCAUUAUGUUUUCUUAGACCGGUUUAUUUUAAGAUACAUUUUUGAGCACCUUUUCCCCAGGAAAAUGGAAUCUCUAGAAUCUCUACUCCAUUUAUGAGCUCAUUUGCUCAUUUAAACGAAAUUAUUAAUACAAUGAAAAGGUUAAAAAUAUCAUUUUUAGGUCUGUGGAUUUAAGCUGACUAGUUUGUAACACUUGAAAGAUAUUCUAAGUUCGCGCCAAAAGUGUUCCAAAAAUUACCUUUGUCUGUUAAAACACCGUGACACGAGUACAUGGAAGUUGCUAUCUUUGGGUUAUUGGCUCCUGCAUGUGGUCAUUAUGGAAAAAUAGGGGACUGUGAACAGCCUAUUUUAUUCCCAGUUUCCAUUUAUCCAAUCUCUCCCAUCGCUUUUUUUUACUGACUAUUCCCACCCAUCCCCUUUCUUCACAUUUUCCAGAAUUUUUUUUACUUCCCCUUCUAAAUUCUCUCACUUAACAUAAAUCUCUUUUUUGUGCAUUCUUUGUCAGCACAAAAAUACUGUUUCCAUUCCAACUCUAGAAUUUGACCAAGUUAGGGUUCCCACUUGAUGUAUUGACUAAGCGAUGACUUGGUCAAUACAUCAAGGCCAAGGUCUGAGAUUUCCCUGUAAAUUAUAUGACCAAACGGUUAAUAAAUUAUUUAUUAUAUGGCCUUUUCAUUAUGGACUUAAGCCUACAAUCAAUUAAAAUGGUCAGCGGAUAACUUAAAAACACGUCACUUCAUUGAGUUGUACCCUUGAGCCCAUGAUACAGUCUUGUAACACUGGUCAACAGAUACCCUUUUUGACAGCUGUCAAUUGACCAUGAAAAUCCAUAAGGAUGUCCACUGUCAAGUUAGCUACAGAUUGUAUAUGCCUUGGACACCUAGCUAGUAAUGCCUGGUCAUUACAAGAAAAUAAUGCCCACUUAGCAACCAAUCAGAGUGCACAUACUUAAUUGUAGCCAUGUAAUAAAAAUGGCUAUUGCAUCUUUAUAGAUUGUUUAAUUUACAGUAUGUGCCCAAAAAUGCUAAGAGACAAAUCAGUGGGCCACACAGAAUUACUAGGAUCUAUUUUUAAGGGAUAUAGAAUGGUUCCUUGGAAAAUGGAGGUCCCAGAAAUUUUCGGCCAGAUCUCGAAAUCUCAGAAGCGUUUGUGACAGGUCUGGAAGUCUUAUUUUCGGAUACCUUUGCAUCUUGGAGUAUCAAGUUUUUUUAAGUCUGGGUCUCAAAUUUUGAAACCGUGGCCUCACAGUCCCACAAAGUCUUGAAUUUGCCAUUCUAUACCCCUUUUUUAUAAUGCUGUAAUACCAUGUCUGCUGUAGUAGUUAUAAUCAUUUUGUUAAUUAUUUAUUACAAUAAUAUUAACGUAUCUGAAUUUUUACUGUAUGUUUUUGAAUUUGAAUAUUUUUAUUGAUCCAUUGGGUAUUUCAUAUCCUUGUUUUUAACAAUUGUAUAUAUUUUUAAGAAUUUUGCUGAAGAUUUUGCUAAGCCAAUCACAUAUAUAUAUAUAUUUAGUGAGGGCUGUUACGUGGUUUUUUUUUUCGCUAUUUCCAGGUGGAUAUCCAAUAAUAUUAACGUUACUAAUGUAUUCAUCAUACCUUGUGAUAUUGUAUUUGAAAACAAUUUUUUGAAAUAUAUUUUCUUAAUACUGUGAUAGGAAUUUUAGUUAAAGUUACAAAAAUUAGUUAACAGUUUUUUAAAUACCAUUUUCAUAUCCUUGUUUGAACAGAAGUAGAUAGGUGAUUUAACAAUAAUAUUCCUUAAAAAUUUAGAAUUAAUAUCAGUCACAAUCUUUUCAAUUAGGGUUUUUUGAGGGUCCACACUGUAUUCCUAGUUAGGUGUGAUAUUUUUAAAAUUAGUUCUUUGGCCAGGGAGAUGGGAAGGGGGGGCGGUACAGGGAUUAUCAAGUAAAGACAGAAAAAUUCUUCAGGGCUUCUGACAAUUAAACCCCCUCAAGAAUCCUUGGACCAAAAAUUAACAACUCCCCCUCCCCUGAUAGAAAAUUUUCUCAUGCCAAAAUUUCUGGGCUUAAAAUAUGAUUCAACGAUUCUUCACAACAACAACCCAAAAAAUGCCUGCUAAAUUUUCUUCUGCCCCAAAAUCCAGAAUGCUUUGAUCAUCCUUGUCACUAUAAAUAUAGAUUGCCCCCCUCCCCACUCUCCACUGGGAUAUUUUAUUACUAUCAGUCUAGAAAACCACUGGAAUGUUACUGUGUUGUAAGGAAAAAGCUAAUUGGGCCCAAAAGUCUAAACUGCAUGUGUUGGUGGUAUAUGAUUGUGGUUUUAUUGUAUGCUUGUGUGUCCUCAUCUCUGAUGUGCUUUUUCAUAGCACAAUCAACAUGCUUGUAAUAUUCCAAGUGUUCACCAUCAACUUAGUAUGAAAGUAAAACAUUGAAAUAAUUGUAUCAUAUCUUGAGUGGAAUUUUAUUCAGUUUGCUUUUCACUUGUAAGCCUUAAAUAUCACCAGUAUUUUGAGUUUUCCUUUGUUUUCCUCUCAUAAAAAUAAAUUCAAGAACAACAUUUCUUUCUACUUUGGUCAUAAUACUGCAGCAUAGCCAUCACUUUUUCAAAGGAGUAUUCUUCUGGAAAAAUACUCAACAUUCUGGUUGGCAUUUUUUUUUCCAUUUUUGAUCAAUAAGUAGCCUGUGUUGCAGCUGGCCCAUGCACUCGUCUAAACCAUUUAGUUUAGAGAAGGUUUAUACAGCAGGUUUAGAGUGUCUGCGACGCAGGCAAAUCAAUAAAAGGGUAUCUCAAGGUCUAUUGGUUCAGAACUUAAUAUCCAUACAUAUUCAACAUGUCAAGCAUACAGUCGAUCCUCUGCCAACGGCCACCUCUCUACAGCGGCCACUCUUUUUCGUCUUGGUGGACAAAAAGGCCAUACAUUGACUCUUGUUUAAAGGUCGGUACACAAAUUAGGUGACAAGUUGCAGCAACACGGUGAGGCAACACAUAGCAGCAACAAAUCGCUUCGCGUGUACUAGAGAAUUUUUGUGAAAAUCUUUGUUGCUGCAACAGAAUUUUGUCACCGCAACAAGUAGUACAGAUUCAGUCUGAUUUGAUUUUUUGCGACUUGUUGCAGCGACAAAAUUCUGUUGGGGAGACAAAGAUUUUCACAAAACUUCUCCAGACACAUGAAGUGAUUUGUCAUGAUUUGUCGCUGCGACAUGUCUGUCACCUCACCGAGCUAACGUUGCCAUUCGUUGAAAUAGAUGAAAAAGAACCUUUUCAAUGGCUAAAUAUAGUGUAAUGACAAAACUGGACAUUUAUUUUUGGAAUUCAAUUGACGUGAAGACAAGUUUUAGCUUAUUAAAAGAUACUAAUAGCGUGACACAUAUCUCCGUUUAUUGAGGCAACUGACAAAGGUACAAAAUACUAUCUUUUCAUGAAGUGGAGGUUCUGAUUCUCUCCCAGUUGUUUAGACUGCUAUUGCCCCAGGGGAGCCCCAGCUAUGGGCUGCCUGUGCGCUUUGAAAACAAAUAAACCAAAUAGGGACUGGGCACCAGCACAAUAUCUGCUUCCUUUUCCGCGAAGAGGGUCCUUGUUGGGUCCGUGGAAAAUUGGAACGAUGGGGCAGAUAAAGAACUUACUCUUGGUUUUUACAGCCAUAAUUUUGACUGCGUUGCUCUUAAGAAGACUUCUAGGAAUUUAUGCUAUUAUAGUUCCUCUUCUUUAUAUGUUUUUCGACGUAAACUGGAGUCUACGCGUGGCAUGGAUGAUUGUAAAGAAAGGUUUGCUCUACAGGAAAACAAUAAAUUCCAAUUUCCUUGAUGUAUCCGAUACAACUUUCAUCGUUCUUCCUGCCGAUAUGGACCUCAAUAUGCACAUGAAUAAUGCAAGGUAACUGCAAACAUUCUAUAAAUUAUAUUGUGAGCAAGGCUUCAGAAGUUGGCGUCGUCGGCAAAGUCACCAAAUGAAGGAUCAUCCUGAUCUGGUUCCCAGGAAAGAGUACAAUUGCAGCUACUGCUUGAAGUCAUACUCGAACUCUUCCUCAUUUGCAUCACAUGUAAAGAGGCACACUGGCCAAGUUCUUCGAUGUACGUCAUGUACUUUUGUCACUGUUUCAAAAGAGAACCUUGAUAUCCACAUGAACAGCCAUACAGGAGCAAAGCCUUACAAGUGUCGUUAUUGCCCCAUAGCUUAUGGGCAACCAAAUCGCCUUACUAUUCAUGAACGGUCUCACACUGGUGAAAAGCCGUACGCGUGUGAUCAGUGUGAUAAGGCGUUUGUAGAUAAAUACAGCCUAGUCAGACAUGUUCGUAUACACACUGGAGAAAAGCCUUACAAGUGUAGCUACUGUGACAAAGCGUUUGCUCAAGGAUGCCAGCUGCAGUUUCAUGAAAGAACUCACACUGGAGAAAAACCGUAUGAAUGCUCCCAAUGUGAGAAAAAGUUUACUCGUCGACAGGAACUCAAUAAACACAUUGAAACUCAUAAAAAAAGGCAACAAGACAAUCAAAGCGAGAAGAAGGCCGCUGAAAAACAUUAUGAAUGCACCUCCUGUAAAAAGAAAUUUUCUUGUCAACAGGAGUUAAGCAAACACCUGGAAACCCAUCAAAAAAGACAACAGUUGGUGAAAAGGAAAAGGACACAAAAGAUAGCAGAGAGUGAUUCUGGUUCAGAGUUCAGUGAUAUGGAAGUAGAAGAUUUGGGGCAGAAUAAGGAAGAGAGACUUGCAAGUUUAAGAAGUGCAAAGAUAAAAACCAGAUGUAAAUGAUAGUAAGUUUAUAGGCCUACAAGAUAAUAUUCAAUGAAACAUACUAUGCCAGCUAAUGGCUACCAUUACAUUCCUAGGCUGUUUCCAAUCCCCCUCUUCCCCAUAAAGUCAUCGAGAUUGAGUGCUUAUUGUUACAGGUGGCAGGAACUCAAAAACCCGGAACGAGCAACUCCCAUGAUGGGCUUAUAUCACGACGUUUUCGUAGACCGGUUUAUUUUUAGAUACAUUUUGAGCGCCUUUUUCCCCAGGAAAAUGGAGUCUCUAGAAUCUCUACUCCAUUUAUGAGCUCAUUUGCUCAUUUAAACUAAAUUAUUAAUACAAUGAAAAGGUGAAAAAUAUCAUUUUUAGGUCUGUGGAUUUAAGCUGACUAGUUUGUAACACUUGAAAGAUAUUCUAAGUUCGCGCCAAAAGUGUUCCAAAAAUUUCCUUUGUCUGUUAAAACACCGUGACACGAGUACAUGGAAGUUGCUAUCUUUGGGUUAUUGGCUCCUGCAUGUGGUCAUUAUGGAAAAAUAGGGGACUGUGAACAGUCUAUUUUAUUCCCAGUUUCCAUUUAUCCAAUCUCUCCAAUCGCUUUUUUUUACUGACUAUUCCCACCCAUCCCCUUUCUUUACAUUUUCCAGAAUUUUUUUUACUCCCCCUUCUAAAUUCUCUCACUUAACAUAAAUCUCUUUUUUGUGCAUUCUUUGUCAGCACAAAAAUACUGUUUCCGUUCCAACUCUAGAAUUUGACCAAGUUAGGGUUCCCACUUGAUGUAUUGACUAAGCGAUGACUUGGUCAAUACAUCAAGGCCAAGGUCUGAGAUUUCCCUGUAAAUUAUAUGACCAAACGGUUAAUAAAUUAUUUAUUAUAUGGCCUUUUCAUUAUGGACUUAAGCCUACAAUCAAUUAAAAUGGUCAGCGGAUAACUUAAAAACACGUCACUUCAUUGAGUUGUACCCUUGAGCCCAUGAUACAGUCUUGUAACACUGGUCAACAGAUACCCUUUUUGACAGCUGUCAAUUGACCAUGAAAAUCCAUAAGGAUGUCCACUGUCAAGUUAGCUACAGAUUGUAUAUGCCUUGGACACCUAGCUAGUAAUGCCUGGUCAUUACAAGAAAAUAAUGCCCACUUAGCAACCAAUCAGAGUGCACAUACUUAAUUGUAGCCAUGUAAUAAAAAUGGCUAUUGCAUCUUUAUAGAUUGUUUAAUUUACAGUAUGUGCCCAAAAAUGCUAAGAGACAAAUCAGUGGGCCACACAGAAUUACUAGGAUCUAUUUUUAAGGGAUAUAGAAUGGUUCCUUGGAAAAUGGAGGUCCCAGAAAUUUUCGGCCAGAUCUCGAAAUCUCAGAAGCGUUUGUGACAGGUCUGGAAGUCUUAUUUUCGGAUACCUUUGCAUCUUGGAGUAUCAAGUUUUUUUAAGUCUGGGUCUCAAAUUUUGAAACCGUGGCCUCACAGUCCCACAAAGUCUUGAAUUUGCCAUUCUAUACCCCUUUUUUAUAAUGCUGUAAUACCAUGUCUGCUGUAGUAGUUAUAAUCAUUUUGUUAAUUAUUUAUUACAAUAAUAUUAACGUAUCUGAAUUUUUACUGUAUGUUUUUGAAUUUGAAUAUUUUUAUUGAUCCAUUGGGUAUUUCAUAU